AUGAGUUCUGAUAUGGCUAGAAUGCAGAUCGGGGUGGACGUGAACCCGGCAGAUGUUAACCUUGCCAUUCAGCACCACGACAAACAGAUAUUCAUCAAGUACCGCCCGCUACUUGUCAAGAUUUAUGGUGCAAGCAAUGAUGGCACGCCAGCCGGUGAAUUCUCAGGUUUUUUGUAUAGUCAAGCUGCCGAGAUCAUUGUUACUGCCGGCCACAUCGUCGGCUUCAGUGGAGUGGGGCCCCAGGGAAGGGGGCCACCUGCAGAGAAGUUCAGGGCGCGCUACGAGGACGGCUUUGAGGAGGAUGUGAUGCUAGUGAACCAUGUGCCCAACAAUGUCCCGGACAUUGCGAUACUGCGUGGCUCCCGGCGUGCACCUCUCCCGUUGCUCGGUGAUCUGUGCAGCACUGGUGAUAUUGUUUACGCCUUCGGCUUUUCGACUUUCUUUCCUAGCCCUAGCUUUAGCAAGGGCAUGGUGUCAUCCACAAGAGUGGGCCAGGUGGCCAUCACCGCUCAUGCAGACAACGGCUACUCAGGAGGCCCUGUCCUGGACUGCCGUGGACAACUGGUGGGCCUUAUUAAGGGGUCCAUCGGUACCACAAUCAUCCAGGUUGGCAUUACCCCAGCUGUGGAUCUGCAUACUGUUUUGUUGCAGUGGGGGCAGCCUGGCCUGGCCAACAGAUAA